UUCUUUUCAGACUCUCUCGCAAUGUUGGUUUGCAUCCAGAAGCGAUUGGCUCUUCUACUUCUGAAGGUUGAACCCCGACAUUAUCGGUAGUGCCGAGACUAUAGGGGCUUGGAUCAUGUCCUUGAAUUGGCAUUAGAGUCCCGACCAUUGUCGAUUUGUAGGAGAAACCUUGGGGAUAUCUGAUAUAUCUAACCAGGGCCUCUGCGAAUUUUAGGAUGGGGAUGAAGAUUCGUUCUGUGGCUAUUUGCAUCAGCUUUGCCUCGUCGUGAGACAAUGUCGCUAUCGCGAUCACAACUACAAGCCAUCUCGAUAACAGAGCGUGUUUGUUCGGCUGUGUCUCUCCUGGGAACUUUCAUCAUUGUCAUUUCUUUCCUUUCCUCUUCUUCGUUCCGCAAGCCCAUCAAUCGCCUAGUGUUCUAUGCAUCAUGGGGUAACAUGAUGGCCAAUGUCGCGACACUGAUGUCUCAGUCAGGAGUUCGGUUGGGAACUGCAAGCAGCCUCUGCCAGUUCCAGGGCUUCCUUAUCCAAUGGUUUAUGCCCGCUGAUGCCCUGUGGACAUUUGCUAUGGCCUGCAAUGUCUGGCUCACCUUCUUCCACAAGUAUGACUCUGAACAGUUGCGACGGCUGGAGGUAAAGUAUCUAGUGGCUUGUUACGGGUUGCCUUUCAUUCCUGCAUUUGUAUAUUUCUUCAUUGAGACAAAGACACGGGGCAAGAUCUACGGCGCGGCCACGCUUUGGUGUUGGGUCUCGACCCCUUGGGACUUUCUACGCAUUGCCCUGUUUUACGGACCAGUGUGGUUGAUUAUGUGCUUGACCAUUUUUAUCUAUGUGCGCACAGGCAGUGUUAUUUAUCAGAAGCGGCAGCAACUGAACCGUGCUGGAAAUACAGACUCUUCCAGCACCACAGCUAGCUUGAAAAACAUCCAACUUUCCAAAGUGACCGAGUUUUCCAUAACUCGGGAGAUUGUGCAUACUGUGCAAGUGCCGCUAGAGGGGAAUGAAGACCCCAUAUCGACCAAGAGUCUGCACACAUUCUACUGCCCAUAUUCAGUCACCAUCCAGGCUGGAAGCGAUCUCAAGGACAGCGAGAAGACUGCAGAGCAAUCUUACGUACAUGACCAGGUCAGCGCCGGCAUUCAACGCCGUGCGACCGUGUUGGAAACGAAUUCGGCAGCAUGGGCUUACAGCAAAUAUGCGAUCCUCUUCUUCAUUGCUCUGUUGAUCACAUGGGUGCCAUCAACGGCCAAUCGAGUCUAUUCACUGGUGCUCCCGCAUAAGGUCGACUUUGAGUUGAAUUACAUCUCGGGUUUAGUGCUACCAUUGCAGGGAUUCUGGAAUAGUAUCAUAUAUGUGUCAAUCUCAUGGCCAGCAUUUGAAGAACUCUUGUUCUCGAAUAGGAAGGUUGGCGUUCAAGCUAGAGACCAGGCAGGGUCAAUUGAGUCCGAGCGCGAGCGCCCACAGUGAGGUUGCACUGCGAACUGCAAAGCUUUCUUGACUCACUGAAGACAAGCCUACCACUGACGGGGCUUCCAGCCACAUUGGGUAGAUAAUCCAAAACUUACUUUCGUG